GAUGGCUGAAGCUUCAUGCAUAGACAGAUGGAUUGAUAUCGUAAAAGGCUGCAAAUAUCUGCCAGAAUACGACUUUAAGAAAUUAUGUGAGCAUGUGUGUGAGAUACUUCUAGAGGAGAGUAAUGUCCAGCCUGUAUCAACACCAGUCACAGUGUGUGGCGACAUCCAUGGACAGUUCUAUGAUAUGGAAGAAUUGUUCAGAACUGGUGGCCAGGUUCCGGACACCAACUAUGUGUUCAUGGGUGACUUUGUUGACAGGGGUUACUACAGUUUAGAAACCUUCACCAGGUUACUGACACUUAAAGCCAAGUGGCCAGAUCGCAUCACGCUUCUCCGUGGCAACCAUGAAACCAGACAGAUAACGCAAGUUUAUGGAUUCUAUGAUGAGUGCCAGACUAAAUAUGGGAAUGCAAAUGCGUGGAGAUACUGCACAAUGGUCUUUGACCUCCUUACAGUAGCUGCUAUCAUUGAUGAGCAGAUAUUCUGUGUACACGGUGGAUUAUCUCCAGAUAUAAACACAUUGGAUCAGAUCAGGACGAUUGAAAGAGCUCAAGAAAUCCCGCACAAAGGACCAUUUUGUGAUCUUGUCUGGUCCGACCCUGAAGAUGUUGAUACCUGGGCUAUAAGCCAACGUGGAGCAGGAUGGCUGUUUGGUGCUAAGGUGGUCAGUAAGUUUGAACAUGUCAACAAUCUGUCCUUGAUUUGCCGUGCUCAUCAGAUAGUUCAUGAAGGCUACAAAUACAUGUUUGAUGAUCAGAUAGUCACAGUAUGGUCUGCUCCUAACUACUGCUACCGAUGCGGCAACAUCGCUUCCAUCUUAGAAUUCAAAGAUGCAGACACAAGAGAAGCUAAACUCUUCCGAGCAGUCCCCGAUAGCGAGAGGGUUAUACCAGUAAGAGCGACUGUUCCUUAUUUCCUGUGAUGAGAAAGUAGACUAAUGAACUGGAAUGAGUAUUGUGAAAUAACUGAGGAUCUGAGUAAUGUGUUCUUAAUAAUUACUACUAGUCUUUGUUUCAAGACGGUAAUACCAGUAAGAACGAAUGUUCCUUAUUUUCUCUGAUGGCGGCGUAGACUAAUGAACCGGAAUGAGUAUUGUGAAAUAACUGAGGAUCUGAGUAAGGUGUUCUUAACAAUUACUACUAGUCUUUGUUUCAAGACGGUAAUACCAGUAAGAACGAAUGUUCCUUAUUUUCUCUGAUGGCGGCGUAGACUAAUGAACUGGAAUGAAUAUUGUGAAAUAACUUGAAGAUAUGAGUGAGGUGUUCUUGUUGAUUUCUCUUCUUGGUUUCAAGACUGGUAAUACUAGUAAGAGCGACUGUUCCUUAUUUCCUUUGAUGGUAGCAUAGACUUUUUAACUGGAAUGACUACUGUGAAAUAACUUGAACGUAUUUUACAAUUGACUUUGGUACUUAAAUAAAAAACAAAACAUGUUCAGUUGAUAAACGUUUAUUUUCUCAUCAUAAAAAAUAAUGCAAUUUACAAGCAGAUCUUGAUUAGAAUACUUUUAAAUGUUUCAGGCCUGGAAUUACACAGAGACCAUGGUGGCCUCCUUUGCCCUGGCCUUGGUGCCCCUGCAAAGAUUUACCAAAGACAUUAAGAUCCUCCAUUGAAGUGCAAAAUAAAAAUGACCUUGCCCUCCCAAAUAUGUAAUUCCAGGCCUGUGGUUUCAAGAAAUGUUUUGAAGCUUCAGGUACCUUUAAACUGACCGAAAAACAUUCAGUUCAUAAAACUCUCGCAAUGAAGUACGUUUAUUAUGGUUAACUAAUUUACACCUAGUAUAAAUGUACUAUUUUGUUUGCAGGUAAACAACUUUUCAGCUACUUUCCUGUUUUGGAUUUAUCAGCUCUGCCAUUGAAAAAU